AUGGCGACAAGUCUCGCACGCCGAAGCGUUCUAGCAGCGACUGAAAGCUCGGCGCCGUUUCUAUAUCACACGCGCACAAUCACCGCGGUGACACCUUCCCUACGAGCGCUCAAUCGCCUACCCCGACGGACUUUUUCUACGCGCAAUGCCACACUAGCGACGAACGAUGUACCGGAGGACAAGCCGCCCAUGAACAAGGAUAUUUCAAUCGGGUUUGAGGCGGACGAAACUCCCAAGCCGAGGAGGAGCUAUCUACAAAAACGAGCAGCAUCUGUCUCCUCCCGCAGGCCAGUGGGCUUAAAGCAGCCGGUGCAGAGGUCAAAUUCCAAGAAGAUCACCUUUCAGGAAAAGGAGACUUUCAAAAAUCUAUUGGAAAAGCUGAAGACUAAGCGCGGAGAUCCAGGCCAAACAGACGCAUCAAACUCGUUGAGCGCAGAAAAACAAGCCGAGGUCACAGAGCUCAUGUCCAUAUUCGACUCAUUACUACAAGAGUCAAACAGAAAGCAGAAGAGAGAACAUCGAAAGCAAAAUGAGGCAAACUCAAAACCGACAAGACCAGAACAAACCACAAUCGAGGAAGAAAUCUCCGAGGACAAAGGUCCCCAAAGAAUCAACCUCGACGACCUGGGCUACACAGAAGCAGCAACCCCCGGGGCCGCAAUAACAAUCACCAUGAAAGAAGCAAUCGACAUUGUCGUGCAACGCGAAUCCGAGCACAUCGAAUUCGCCCUCUUCCAAGCCAUUGAAGAAGGAAAAGGCGACAUGGGCGUGUGGGAAGUAUGCAAAGCACGCAUCUUCUCAAUGCUAAACCAUGUGGAAAGCCAACCAGCGCACAAAGUCCCGCGAAGCGCAGGGCCACUGCGCGUCCCGGCCGUCGUUCCCAUUGCACCGGUCGUUGCGAGUCUAUACCCAAAGACAUUGCUCAUCGCGUUCCGCGUGCUGAACACGCAUUUCCCGGGUUCCCCGCUCAUCGGACAGUUCCGCUCGAAUAUCAAAGAGCAUGGACGGCUGUCCUCCCUGCUUGGUGCUUCGUCUGGUCUGUAUGAUGAGAUGCUUUACUUCCAUUGGCGGGGUUGCAAGGAUCUGCCUGGGGUUGUGUCUUUGUUGCGGGAGAUGGAGGUCAUUGGGUUGACGCCUAGUAGCAAGUCGCGGGGCAUGUUGACUGCACUUGUUAUUCGCCGCAAUCGAGAUCUUGAGAAGCAUCGGGAGGAUGGCGGUGGUGAGCACUCUUUCUGGGAUUUGCCUUCCAAUAAGGAGGCGUUUGAAGCGCUUACUUGUCGUGGUGGGUGGAUGGACAAGGUUGAGGCCAGGGCCGAGGAAGAUGCUCGUCGGAGGGAGAGUCAUCGCAAGUUCCGCGGUUGA